AUGGAUGGCAGAAGGUGGGGCGGAGAUGGUGGUAGAGGCAGACCAAAGAGGAGCAGAGUAAGUGCUACUGACGGCGGAAAUGAACCAAGAGAGGGCUCCACUUCGCCCACGGCAACACAGAAUCCUUCUGCUGUCAUCGGCCAAGAACAAGAAGCAGAACCAAGGAGAUUCACCUCGCAUAAUUAUACUCGAUCACCUUCUCGGUCUCCACCACAAAGUCGUCCACCUAUUAGACGUACUCCUUCAUAUCCACCGCCUCGUACAUUUCCUCCCUCAUGUCAACCUCCUCGGCCUCCACCACAAAGUCGUCCACCUAUUAGACAUACUCCUUCAUAUCCACCGCCUCGUACAUUUCCUCCCUCAAGUCAACCUCCUCGGCCUCCACCGCAAAGUCGUCCACCUAUUAGACGUACUCCUUCAUAUCCACCGCCUCGUACAUUUCCUCCCUCAUGUCAACCUCCUCGGCCUCCAACUCCAACGGCACCAAUUCUUCCUCCUCGUCCUCUAAAGUCGUUUCCGCAAAGAGCAGAACAACCGCUAAGGCAACCAAGUCUAGCAUUAAGCCCCCGACAUUCCUCUCCAGUUGCCUUUUUCAUCGCCUUUCUGAAGAUCGACCGCAAAGGAACCAGCCGACGACAACCACAAAGAGAAAGAGAUCAGAGAAAAGCAAGGAUGGCAAUGAUGAGGAAGGAGAUCCUCGUCGACCAGCAAGCGGCAUCGUCAUCAGGGACCAACAACCGCCAAGUAGUAACAGAUCUAGAGAGGCUCAACAAGGCAAUUCUGAUGAUCCUGACCCAGACCAUAGUUUGUCUCGCAUGA